GUCGUUUGUAAGGAUUUGACAUGUUCACUCUAGUCAGCAAGAGGUGAAACCGACUUUGACUUAAGUGUAGCCCGGUCUACGCCUUGUUAAUGAUAUUUCUAGUCUGAAAUGCCAACUGUCAGACGAGAGCUGGAGGAGUCUUCCUCUGAAGAUGAAGAAAAACACGACCAUCUUUGCAUUGCAUGGACUGGCAUCUCUCGCAAAAUUCCAGUCUUGAUUUUUCAUGCAGAGACCAUCAUAACGAAGGAUGCUGCAAUUCGCAACAUUGGAGAACAUUACCAUCUAGCUUAUAAGAUUGUCCGUACAGAAAGUCGUCUGGUCCGCAACAUAAUGAAUGCCCAUGGAUUUCAUGAGGUCAUAUGAACUGACAAGGAAGGACCGUUUGUAUAAAAACAUUCAGCGGAUGCAACAGUCCCAUGGAUUCCGAAAUUUCAAUAUUGCACCCCAGACCUUUAUUUUGCCUUCAGAAUAUCAGGAAUUCUGCUCUGCCUAUUCAAAGGACAAGGGUCCAUGGAUUGUCAAGCCAGUGGCAUCUUCCAGGGGUCGUGGAGUUUAUCUAGUCAGCAAUCCAAACCACAUUCCCUUAGAUGAGUCCAUUCUAGUCUCUCGUUAUAUCAGUAAUCCUUUAUUAAUAGAUGAUUUCAAGUUUGAUGUCCGACUGUAUGUACUGGUGACUUCUUAUGAUCCUGUCAUUAUUUACCUCUAUGAAGAAGGUCUGGCGAGGUUUGCAACUGUAAAAUAUGAUCGUUCAGCUAAGAACAUUAAAAACCAAUUCAUGCAUCUGACAAAUUACAGUGUUAACAAGAAGAGCAGCGACUAUGUCAGCUGUGAUGACCCAGAAGUUGAAGAUUACGGUAACAAGUGGAGUAUGAGUGCAGUGCUUCGAUACCUUAAGCAGGAAGGGAAGAACACAACAGCUCUGAUGGCACAGAUAGAAGAUCUAAUCAUCAAGACUGUUCUCUCGGCUGAAUUACAGAUUGCCACAGCAUGCAAGACAUUUGUACCUCAUCGAGGAAAUUGUUUUGAGCUGUAUGGUUUUGAUGUGCUCAUUGAUGCUAAUUGGAAACCUUGGCUUCUUGAAGUUAAUCUCUCUCCUUCAUUGGCAUGUGACUCCCCAUUAGACCUGAAGGUUAAAGCAAGCAUGAUUUCAGAUAUGUUUUCAAUAGUAGGCUUUGCUUGUCAAGAUCCAGUCCAGAAGCAGAACCAGGUGGUGAAAUCGGCUUUGGAGUCACCUGUGAGAGGUUCUUCUUGGAAGCAUCAGCGCCCCUUCUCUGCACAGUCUCAACCUGUUAUCUCCAAAAUGCAUCAGCGUCCCAUGUCUGCCAGCGAUGCAGAUCCUGCCGCAGCAAAGGAGAAAGUGAGUGACAAGACGGUAGGAGGUGGCACCUUAGGCUUAUCUAUGGAAGAGAUUAAAGUCUUACGUCGUACUAAAGAAGAGUAUGAAAGAAGAGGAGGUUUUAUCCGCAUAUUCCCUACAGAAGAAUCCUGGGAGCUGUAUGGGUCCUUCUUGGAGUACAAAACACAAAUGAACUACAUGCUGGCCUUACGACUUUUCCCAGACAGGGUAGUCAAACAGAACAUGUCUGUCAAAGUGCGUACAACCACGAAUGGUAACUCAGAUACUUGUCAGAAGAUGAAGCAGCAUGCCAUGCAAUAUGAACGGAAACUUCUUUCACUUGAAAUGCGAAAGCGGAGGCAGCAACUCAGACAACGCAGAUCAGCAGCUACAAAGCAUGCAGUUACAGCACAUAAGCUAGGUAGACCUGAUGCACCUCCACGCCACUCUCAGGUGCAUUCUGAGACUAAGGAAGAAGAGGAAGAGGAGGAGGAAGAGAUAUCAGAGCCUGAGGAAAUGAUGCCUGAAAAAGAUGAUCAUUGCUUACGACCAGUAUCAGAAAGAGAUCAUAAUAAAAGUCAGAAACUGAAUAACCCCUUCUCUGAACAUACAAAAAUAGAGAUAGAGACUCCAGGGAAUGUUGAGAAAAUGGAACCAAAAAAAGUAAAUCUGCUACAGAGACUUGAGCAAGGUGGAACUCUGAGCAAAGUUCAAGCACGAAUGGCUUUUUCAGCCUAUCUAGAAAAGGUUCAAACACGACUGAAGACCGAAAUUGUGGAGCACGACCAGAACACAGCAUGGGUUUCCAAAGAAGAUGAACAGAUGGAACUGGUAAUCCGUUUUUUGAAAAAAGCAGCUGUUAAUCUUCAACGCACUCUGAAUCUGGUGUUACCUAGUCGCCAUAUCCCACUGGCAGAUCGUCGAAAAAUCCUGGCAAAGCAGCUUGGAGAGUUUAUUCAUGUUUAUAACAUGGAAACUGAUCAGAUGGUUAUUAGGAAACAACAUGAAAAGUUUGUGAAGGAAAAAUGCAUCAGUGUAGAGGAAUUUCAGGCAUUUGUGGCCACAGCAAGUGAGAAUGACCUGGAAGAAGUUCUAACAUUCUACACACACACAAAUAAGUCAGCAAGUGUGUUUCUAGGAACAGGAUCCAAAGACAACAGAGUCAAUGAGAGCAGAACUGUCAAACAAGUAGUGGUGGAGGUUCAGAAAGAGAAGGAAAAUGAAGUUGAGGUGAAGCAGAAGCAAGAUGCUUCAGUUCCAGAUACAGGCACAAAUGAUCAAGAAGAAAAUAAUCCCUUAAUCAGUGUAGCAGUGGCUAAGGGUGCAGGAAGGGUAGCAGAUGAUGCCACUGUACUAAAGCCUUCUUCUGUUAGCUGUAGUAAUUUGAAGCUCAGGUCAGUAGUACAAAGAUGUGCCAGUGAUCAGCACUGCCCUUCCCAUCCACCAGCCUUGGAUUCUACUCAAGCAAGGAUUCAUCGGCCCCCACAGCACCCUACUGAAACCGGUCCUUCAAACUCCAGCUUGAUGCAAACAUCGUUGUUUUCUGCUUCUUACUCUUCAACCACCUUGGGCAGGACUGCACCACUCAAUGUGAACAGGACACACACUUCUGCCUUGCAGUCUUUCCAUCCAGUACACCCUGAAGGGCAGCAGCAGCAGAAGCUCUCAAGUUCCAGUUGUUAUGGGAAUGGUCAUUUCAUGUCCACUUCAUCUAUACAGAGUGCCAUUCAGAUUUACAGCCAGAAACUCUCCAGGCCAGCAUCAGCCAAAACUGGGAUCCACCAAACUGUCCCGAGUCGGCAGCGGCCCAGUUCAGCAGUGACAGCUAAAGAUGGGAAUUCGCAUGUACCACAGCAUUGGGAUACUAACCAAGAGGCUAUAGCAGCCUCUCUUCAGCGACUGGCUGAGAAGCAGUCCAGCAGACAGUAUUCUAUGUCCAGUCACAUCAGUAUUCUCACACAGCAUCUGGCAAGUAUUAAUUUAACCAAUGGUGCACUGAACAGAGGUAGUACGUUGCUGAACCAUUCAUAUCAUCAGACAGUACCUUCAACAGUUCCUGCAGGAGCCUUCCAAUCAGAAGCUCAAGUACUGGAGAGUGCACUGGCCAGAACAAGAGUCAGAAGUUUGGAACGCAGUCACUUAGCUUGGGAAAGAGAAACAGAUAAUGCCUACAGCUGUGUUACUGGUGUAGCACCACAACAGAAGUACCAACCAACAGCUGAAAGUUGCCAGUUUCAGUAUGCCGUGCAGAAAUUCUGGCAGGGGAACCAACAGUUUCAACAGCUUCUGGAUCAGAGUCAAGCAUGGCAGCAGGUUGUUUCAUCUGAACAUCCAACACUAGCUUUAGGACAGAAGGAUGCACCAGCUAGUAUCAAUAACCAAUGGAAAGAGACUACUCCAUCUGCCAGCUUAGUGGUUGCUGGUCACUCAAAGUUAAUGCCAUAUCAGAAUUCUGUCCACAUUGUCCCAAAACCACCAGUCAACAACAAGCAGGCAUUAUCCAGGAAAACCGCUACUCAUCGGUUAUCCAGACCAUCUGAAGCUCUGUGGAAGGUAAAUUCUAGAUAUGGACUCAAUGAAGCUUCCUGAAUACUUCAUAAAGCUGCAGAUAAUGAAAUUUGGAUCUUAAUCCCUGAUCAUUCCUAGUCACAACUGGCUAACCAGGAUGCUUAAAUGUUAGUAGCUGUCUUACUGAGCCAAAUGACUUUGGACCUUCUUAAUAAAACAGACCUUUAAAUUAGUUGUAUUUUAUUGAAUUUUUAAUCUUUGUAAAAUGAAUCAGAAAAGGAAAUUUUCAUAUUUUCUUGCAGAUUCAUUUUUUAAAACAAAAUUGUUAAUUUUAGAUUUAAGUAAGCUCCUACAUUGUAGGUAGUUUUUACAUUAGAGAAGAGAAGCAGAACACAUUUCCAAAUCAGAGAAGGCAGAGAUAAGUCAAUCACUUUACAAAUGGCACUAUAUACAUUGGGGAAAAAAUAUUUUAUGUUCUCAUUUGAGCUUCUGAAAUAGAAAUAUUGCUGCAUUAGAAAGGCUUAUAAUUAAAACAAGAUACUCAUAUUUACUGAUGAAAAGUAUGUCAAAUGAUUCCUUUUUGAUUCAUUAGGGAAGUUGAAAUGUAUAUAUUGUUUAGAAAGAGGCUAUAUGGAUAAUCAGACCCCCUAACAAAAGGAAUAUACCUUUAAUACAAAUCAAAAGGGGGAUGAAACACUCAAAUCUUAAAGAAGGAACCCUUAGGUAAAACAGGAUGAAUGUAUGAGUAAUACUAUCAAAUAUGCUAGAGAUUUCUAUUUCAGGAUUAAAGAAAAACAUUCAAGGAAAACACUUGUGAUAAAAGAGGGUUGAAAAGAGAAAUGGGGUUAUAGUGCAGUUCAUCAAAACAUGAUUCUGUGACAAUCAUUUUGACAAACCCAGUGAAAGAAAAGCAGACUGCUCAGCAAGAAUGCCAACAUGUGUUUUCUGUGGGUGGUACAGAUCCUGUCCCCUCAGCAGAGCUGGGGUGGGGCCUCCUAUGCCACCUUAGGAUAUCUGAGCAUCUGAGAUAUCACAGCAUAUCUCAGGGAGAGGACAGAUCCCUCUAGUGCAGCAGUCUUGAAGUAUACAAUGUCACAGUAAAUGUUCUGCUGCAGAAACCUGCACACAGUAGCUGCAGUGAAAACCUAAUGCUGCUAAAUGAACCUGCUCAGAGGGAAGAUCUGUUUUACAACAAUUAGUGAAGCAGCUUUUAGUUUGGAAUAUUAUUUUGCUUAAUCAGGCUUGUUGAAAAGGCAUGUAUUAAAUUUCCAUGGGUAUAAAUGCAUUUUAUAGAGGAGGAAGAACAAGAAGUACGUAGUGGAGAGAAGCGUAGUAAACUGAACUGAGCAGUGGCAGAAAGUUUUGUAAAUGGUAAGGAAAUUUAAACUGUGAAAAACGAACACAGCACUAAUAACCACUGUAAAGUCAAAAAGUAGUGCUAGGACACGCUGUUAAAUGUUCCAGUAAGGUUUAUUCCAAAAUUUAAAAACCACGCUGCACCUAGUAGCAAAGAUGCCAGGAAAUUUAACCUACUCACAUUAUCUGUAAUUCCUGUAUUUGAAAUCAUUUGAAAUAAGAAAUAUGUAAUACACUGGAAUAUAGACUUAGUACGUAAACAGCACAAGUAUUUGCUGAAUGUUAGUGCUGAAAAUUCAUAUGGUAGAUCAAAGUAGAGAAAUCAACAGCUGCAGAAAUUUAGGCCUGAUUAACAGAAAAUAAUGUAUCAAACUAAGAUUCUCAGUGCAAUAUUUACCUGAGGCUAUGAUGAAAUUGCAUUACUGAAAAUAAGUUUUAAAGCUGCUAUACUUAUAAAGUCAAGAAUACUAGCACAGAAUUUGGAUACACUGUUAAGACCUUUUCCUAUAAUUUGCUUUGUUUAGAUCCUGUGUGGUGUCUAAUGUGAACUGAUUAUAUGGAAAAAACUCAAUCUACUGUAAAAAAAAAUAAAAACAAGUACUUUUGAAGA